CCAUAUUAAUAAAUCGUUAUAAAUUAAACUCGUCAAAGAAAACAAUAAAAAAUUACAAUGAAAAUGAACGGAACUAUUUAUCAUCUUUUUAUCUUGAGUCUUUUGUCCUUCUUCGUCUUUAACACCUCCGCUAGUUGCGUUUCUACUUCUUGUACAUGCGAUGGUGGCAGACCGCAAGGCCAAUACUGUGGCAUUCAAUUUAGUGAUCUUAAUUGCAUAUAUGAUCAUAUCUAUGAAUGCAAUCCACAAGGUGAACCAUGUGAUUAUGGUUCUCGCCAAUCCUGCACUGAUUGCGGUUGUUUGAAAUGUCCUUGUUAAUUACUGUAUAUAUAUUAGUUCUACGCAUGUAUAUUUUAUUAACUAUGUUAUUAAGUAUAGUAUUUUGUUAAACAUAUUUGCAAUUUUUUAACUAUUAAAUUAUUAUUAUU